CCUCUUCCUGUCUCUGCUCAGGCGCCGCGUGGCCUACGCCGAGCGGCUGAGAGAACCCAGCUGCACCCUCAGGAUGAGUGAGUGGGAGGUAGCUGCACCGGCAGUGGCCGAGACCCCUGAUAUCAAACUCUUUGGGAAGUGGAGCACUGAUGAUGUACAGAUCAACGACAUUUCCCUGCAGGAUUACAUUGCAGUGAAAGAAAAAUACGCCAAGUACCUGCCCCACAGCGCCGGGCGCUAUGCUGCCAAGCGGUUCCGCAAGGCACAGUGCCCCAUCGUGGAGCGGCUCACCAACUCCAUGAUGAUGCAUGGCCGCAACAACGGCAAGAAGCUCAUGACUGUGCGCAUUGUCAAGCAUGCCUUCGAGAUCAUCCACCUACUCACCGGCGAGAAUCCUCUUCAGGUCCUGGUAAAUGCCAUCAUCAACAGUGGCCCUCGGGAGGACUCUACGCGCAUUGGAAGAGCAGGGACAGUGAGACGGCAGGCAGUAGAUGUGUCCCCACUGCGCCGGGUGAAUCAGGCCAUCUGGCUGCUGUGCACGGGUGCACGGGAGGCUGCCUUCCGGAACAUCAAGACCAUUGCCGAGUGCCUGGCCGAUGAGCUCAUCAAUGCUGCCAAGGGCUCUUCCAACUCCUAUGCCAUCAAGAAGAAGGAUGAACUAGAGCGUGUGGCCAAGUCCAACCGCUGAGCUCUCAGCUGCUGCCCAAUAAACUGCUCACAAG